AUGUCUGGCCCCUCUGGAGGUGCUCCAGUGCUGCAGGAGUGGGUAGCAGAUGCUCCUUUGGGCUUGACUCCAGCACCCAAUGUAGGAUCAACUCCUGCCCCUGCUCUCAUCGACCACAUAGCAGUUCAACCACAUGAGACUCAACAGGUCUCUGAACAAAGGCCUGGGCUGAGUUCCCAAACUCAGUCCUCCAUGAGGACACAACCUCCUUGCAAGGCAAAAGGGGCCAAGCCCUCUGCUGGGAAGUCUAGGGGUAUCCCCAAGCUACCAUCAAAUGCCCCUCCCCUUGACAGCUCUGUUGAAGCUUGGAGGGAGUUCAUUGACAAAGAACAGAGGUGCCCUUGCUGGGGCAAAGACAGUGAGUCCACACUUGUGGCCAUGCUCCCAGGGGUACUGGGGACAUCUAGCAGGCCAGAUGACUCCAAUUCAGAGGCUGAUCCUCCAUCUCUGCACAAUGUACAAGGGUUCCUCCUCUAUGAGCACCUGGCACCAGUUCCCUGGAGCCAUAGGGCUCAAAAUGUCUGGAUGUGCAAGUUGGCUUGCCUACUUGUGGUAAGGGGACAAUAUCAGUCCCUCCUCAACUGGGCAGAAGUCAGCCCAGUCAAAGGCACUUCACAUCCCUGGGACAGUGAGUUCACCACCUCAGCUGAUAGGGCCUUGAUUGCAGUGUAUCUUGCUGCUAAUGGGGUCAGCAUAUAUGACACUGAUGAUGCACUGCAAUGGGUUCAACAAGCAGGUCAAGAGUAUGUCAAUGGUAUUGUUGCAAAUGGAGGGGAGAAUAACCCUCAGGUCAUGGCAAAAAUUGAGCCCCUGAAGAAGCUUUUGCCAAACCUUGCCCCCCAAGCAAUGUCAGAUUGA